AAAAUUAAGAGAGAGAAAUGGCAGCAGAGAGUGCGUGCAAAAAGUCGCAUGCUAUUAUGAUAUCAGUUCCUUACCAAGGACACAUUAACCCCUUUGUUGGACUUGCUCUUAAGCUUGCUUCUAAUGGCUUCUCCAUCACUUUUGUUCAUCUUGAAUUUAUUCACCACAAAUUAUCAAAAGCCCAUCAUAAAAAUCCAGAAGAAUUCGAUUUAUUUUCUGAAGCUCGAGAAUCAGGUCUCGAUAUACGUUACACAACAAUGAGCGAUGGUUUUCCUCUGGAAUUUGAUAGAGAUCUCCACAUUAUGGAGUAUUGGGAGUCCCUUCUGCGCGAUUUUCCAACUAUAGUCGAAGAAUUUGUUGGAAAGAUAAUUCGAUCUGAUCAAGUUUCAGUCUAUUUCUUGGUUGCUGAUACUAAUUAUUUUUGGCCAGCUACCAUUGCAAAGAAAUACAACCUUGUUAAUGUUUCUUUAUGGACUGAACCAGCCUUGGUGUUCUCUUUGAUUUACCACUUGGAUCUUCUGAGAGAAAAGGGUCAUUUUCCAUGUAAAGAUAAUAUCGAGGAGGAAAUAGAUUAUGUACCUGGAGUUGGAAAAAUAAGCACAAGAGACUUGAUGCCAUAUCUAAAGGAAGCUGAAUCACAAAGUGUAUUAACGAGAAUUUUAUCAGCGUCAUUUAAGGAAGUAAAGAAAGCAGAUUUUAUCCUGCACAACACAGUUCAAGAAUUAGAAUCGGAGACACUCUCAUCUCUCAACAAAUACCAACCAAAUUAUGCAGUUGGCCCUAUUAAUUUCUCCAAGAGUAAUCUUCCGACAAAUACUACUGUCAGCAAGAGUUUAUGGUCCGAAUCAGACUGCACCAAAUGGCUCGACUCCAAGCCAAUGGGCUCGGUUUUGUACGUUUCGUUCGGGAGCCUUGUUCAGACAAGUAAGCAGGUGAUUGAGGAAUUGGCUCAUGGGCUUCUUCUUAGUGAAGUGAACUUCAUUUGGGUGGUUCGAUUAGGUAUUGCUGGAUUUGGGGAUGAUUGUGGUGAUAAUAAUGUUUUACCGUUUGAAUUUGAGGAUGAGAUUAAAAUGAAGGAUAAAGGGUUGAUUAUUCCGUGGUGCGAUCAAAUUCGGGUUCUUUCGAAUACGGCAAUUGGAGGCUUCUUGACUCAUAAUGGUUGGAAUUCGACUUUGGAGAGCAUGUGGUGCGGGGUUCCAAUGAUUUGUUAUCCUAUAAAUUGGGAUCAGCCUACUAAUAGGAAAUUAGUGGUUGAUGAUUGGAAGAUUGGGAUUAAUCUUUGUGAUUAUGGAACAUCUGUUGAUAGGAAACAAGUUGCUGAGAAGAUUAAGCAAUUAAUGAGUGGAACUACUUCGAUGAGUUUGAGGAAAGAAGCAGAUAACAUAAAGGCGAUAUUGCAGAAGGCAGUCGAAGUUGAUGGAUCGUCCGAGAAAAACUUUGAUCAAUUUAUAGAGAAUUUGAGGGCCAAAAUUUCAAAUAAUGAAAAUUAGGAACUGAUCCUUAACCAGAACUGUUGGUUAAGCGAAGCUUUUCGGUAAGAAAAUCGAGUCAAUUAAAAUGAAUCGUGUUCACUCA